AUGUCCGGGGAAGAAGUCUCUCAGGUCGAGUCUGUCACCGUGGUUGCCCAGUUGUUUCGAAGCCACCCGGAAGAAUCGAUUGUAGAAAGGGUGAAAGUAUACAAGAUGCAAGACGGAGCAUUGAACGUGUUGCCGGAGACUCACAUGUCACUCUUGCGUUCGGUACAUAGUAUGCUGGAAGCAACCCCCCCACCUCUGGACAAGUACUUCGUCCCUUUCUCGCAUGGCACCAGGCAGCGCAUCGGGAUGAACCUGGCCGACGCAGAGAUCUACAUCACCCUCGCGAUGCUCUUUCGCGUGUACGGCAGUCCAGACGUGCGCAUGAAGGGCGACCGCGGAUACCUGGAGCUCUUUGAGACCGAGUGGGCCAGGGACGUCGAGAUCGUGGGUGACGGCGUCACGCCCUUGAAUCGGAAGAGGAGUAGAUGGAUCCGAAUCAAGGUCAAGUAG